CGUCACGAGAUACCAGGAAGCUGCCGAUCAUUGCGCGCGCUCACUGAGAUCCGAGCUGAUGCUUCCUCUGACGCUUCCUCUGCAGAAUUGAUCUGAUGGAGCAAAGGCACUCAGCGCAGCUCGGUACAAGAAGGAAACAAUGCAACCAGUAUGCAAACAGCACGGAUCGUACUGGAAAUUUGACACAGCACCAGAGAACACACACAGAAGAGAAACCUUUCAAGUGCACUGUGUGUGAGGAGGCAUUUUCACAGUCAUCACAUCUUACAAUACACCAGAGAACACACAUGGGAGAUAAACCGUUCAGGUGCACUUCCUGCCCGAAAGCGUUUGCACAUUCAUCACAGCUUAAAAUACACCAGAGAACGCACACAGGAGAGAAACCCUUCAAGUGCAGUGUGUGCGGGAAUGCGUUUGCAAAGUCAUCAUAUCUUCAGGGCCACCAGAAAACACACACGGGAGAGAAACCCUUCAGGUGCCCUCUGUGCAGGAAGGCAUUUGCACAGUCAAGAGAUCUUAGGAGCCACCAGAGAACACACACGGGAGAGAAACCCUUCAAAUGCAGUGUGUGUGAGAAGGCAUUUGCACUGUCAUCAAAUCUUAAAAACCACCAGAGAACACACACAGGAGAGAAACCUUUCAAGUGCACUGUGUGUGAGAAGGCAUUUACAGAGUCAUCAUAUCUUAAAAAACACCAUAGAACGCACACAGGAGAGAAACCCUUCAAGUGCACUGUGUGUGAGAAGGCAUUUGCACAGUCAUCCAUUCUUCAGAGCCACCAGAGAACACACACAGGAGAGAAACCCUACAAAUGCACUCUGUGCGACAAGGCGUUUACAUGGCCAUCUGUUCUUCAGAGCCACCAGAGAACACACACAGGAGAGAAACCCUUCAAGUGCACUCUGUGCGGGAAAGCGUUUUCACAGUUAGCACAUCUUCAAAGACACCAGAGAACACACACAGGAGAGAAACCCUUCAAGUGCAUUGUGUGUGAGAAGGCAUUUGCAUGGUCAUCAAAACUUAAAAGACACCAGAGAACACACACAGGAGAGAAACCUUUCAAGUGCACUGUGUGUGAGAAGGCAUUUGCACAGUCAUCAUAUCUUACAAUACACCAGACAACACACAUGGGAGAUAAAUCCUUCAGGUGCACUUUGUGCUCGAAAGCGUUUGCACAUUCAUCACAUCUUAAAAUACACCAGAGAACGCACACAGGAGAGAAACCCUUCAAGUGCAGUGUGUGUGGGAAUGCUUUUGCAAAGUCAUCAUAUCUUAAGAGCCACCAGAGAACACACACGGGAGAGAAACCCUUCAGGUGCCCUCUGUGUGGGAAGGCAUUUGCACAGUCAAAAGAUCUCCAGAGCCACCAGAGAACACACACGGGAGAGAAACCCUUCAAAUGCAGUGUGUGUGAGAAGGCAUUUUCACAGUCUUCAAAUCUUAGAAAACACCAUAAAACACACACAGGAGAGAAACCUUUCAAGUGCACUGUGUGUGAGAAGGCAUUUACAGAUUCAUCACUUCUUAAAAAACACCAGAGAACACACACAGGAGAGAAACCCUUCAAGUGCAGUGUGUGUGGGAAGGCAUUUUCAAGUUCAUUUUAUCUUAAAAUACACCAGAGAACACACACAGGAGAGAAACCGUUCAAGUGCACUGUGUGCGGGAAGGUGUUUUCACGUUCAUCAAUUCUUCAAAAACACCAGAUAACACACAGGCAUCAGAAGAUCCCCAAGGAGUGUAGUCUGAAAUCGACUUGUGAAAGUCAAAGUGCUGCAAUGAGCCCAUCCCUCCUGAAACAAGAACCAGAAGAAAAUUCCAGCUUGGAAACUUUAAAAGGUAUCAAGGUGAAAUAUGAAGCGGCAAAUGUGAAAUGUGAAGAGGAGACAGUGAAGAGUGAAGAAGUGAAGGUAAAAUGUGAAUAUGAAGAUUCAACUCCAAAAUCGGACCUUGACAUCGAUGGAGGCAACGUGAAGCAGGAGGAGAAUUCUGACUGUGAAGCAGAGCGAGGCAACUCCCAGCAGUUUGUGGAAGUGGAGGUGUGGGUGGACUUCUUAGACAAUACAAAGUAAAAUGGAGACCCUGUAGAUGUGUAAGCUUGAGACAAUGAAGCUCCAAUAGGAUCACCUUUGUCACGGGCCUUUAAUGAAAAUAACGUUAAGUUGAACACUCAAUUCCUAGGUUCAACCUGCAGAGUAAGCACGGACAGUAUUUGUGGACCUGUGGGUUUGGUAGAUCUCUAACCAGGAGCGAGAGCCAAUAAGCUCCCAAGAAUUAACUAUGUUAUAAUAAUAUUAGCAUUCAUAUUGUGCUUGCUUAAUUGCCUCAAAGCUACUCGGAGUUUCGUAUCAUAUCUCAUCACAAACACUCGAAGAGCAUGUUUUAUAUAUGCCUUUUCCAAAAAUAUAUGUUAAGACUGAUUCUGCCUUUUUUUAAAAUUUAUUUAGAUCAGGAUGUAGCGCUGGGACACAGAAAGGAUGAGUACCCCUGCCUCCUACCUUGCCACAAAAGACAGCUGGGGGAUAAUUUCUCACAAGUCUGCUUGGGAAGUCAUAACAUUUAAUACAAAAACUGGCAAACCCAAGGGGGGGCGAAUGAAAUUCUGCGGGAAAUCCCCAGUUGACUUCAAGAGAAGGAAAUAACCCACAAAACAAACAUAAGAUGGAAACAGCAGGGGUCACGAACCUCCCUGGACAGUGAAAUCCACCCAAUGGCAGUACAUCAUUAAGAGCUGACUGGGAUUUUAAAAAUACAACAGUAAAGUUGGAAGCUUAGCUAUAUCUUCAACCUCAGGAUAUCAAAAUCUAACUUGAGAAUAAGCACGGAUCCCUGGCGAUACAGACGGGGAACAAAGGUAAAUAAAACUCUCGGAAUAUCUUUGGUAACAACUAUGGUAGUCCACGAAUUUUGGUUAAGCAUGAACCAAAUAAUUAUGAAAGUAUUAGACCUAGGGUCAUUCAGAAGAGAUACAAUGCGAAAUAUGUCAAUCACACACGACCAAGAUAUAAUAUGUAUUCCACGGGAUCAGACUCACCAACCCCUUUAUUUUCCACUAGCUAACAGCACAGUAAAUUACGUAUGCAGGGGGCGCCUCCCCCUAACAUCAAAUACCACACAAGAAUUCCAAACCGCGACGUGAGUGCUGUGAACACUGCUCAAAACGUACUUAGAGUCGCUUGCAGAGUAAAAACUGCGGGAAGUUGUACGGUACCAAGCUGUAAGAGGUGUAAAAUUAUUUUAAAAAUUUCCAACACGUGAUGAGAGGACGGAAAACAUGGCAAUAGCAAGCACACCUGUGCACAAUAGGUCACGACUUCAAAAGCCACAGCGCCCCUUUUUGAGAGAGACUGCACGUGUUGAGGUAAAAAAAAUGUAACACUGCCAACCCGUGAUUGGAGCGUGGGGAACGCUGCCCAAAACGUGAACGGAAACAUGGCUGUAAUAAAGACAUCCGGGCAACAAACAGCCUAAGCGACUUCAAAAGGAAAACAGCUGCCCCUUUGUGAGAAGAAAGAGCCUGAGGUGGAAAAAUUCAGAUAUAAUCAAGAACAUAAGAACAGAAAUCAAGUACUGCGAGUGGCAGGCUCCGGGGAUUACCCUCGUGACUGGCAAGAUUGAUAGGGAGCCCUGCAUCGGCAGAAGCCACGCAUCACUGAGAGUUUUUAAAAAAGGAUUGUGUCAUUGAGAGAGGCUGCCAGCCAAGGCUGGUACUCGUAGUAUUACAAUACAAACGUGGGGAAAAGUGCUGUAGCAUUACUAUUCCCGGGGCGAGGUCGCUGUUUAUAGCCAACACAUGCGAUCAUAGAGUGACAAUCGUUAUGAUUGUGCUCAGAUCAAAGUCAACCCUUCGAGGAAAAACUCGUGCAACCACUAUUCAUGAGAGUCCCCUUUAAAUUGCAACCCACAGGCAAAGUUUAGUUUUACGGUUGGAUCAGAGACUAACACGGAAUGAUAUAACUUGAUCUGUAGCGUGCCCUCUGCAGCACAAGUCGUACAGACAACUGGAAGAGGACUCUUGAAGAGGGGGGGGUGAGACGACAGGCGUUGUCUCUCCAGAGUCCAGUCUACAAGGAUCAACAGUGUCUGGUGCCAAGGGGGGUGACGCGCGGCAACCAGCGGACGAGCUGCGUGCGCUGUCUGGCGACGGGAUCAUUGCGCACAUUGACGUAGACAAAGCCGGGCCCAACAUCCCUGCCAGCACAGGUACCGCCGACAGCGUGACCAAUGUGCCGACUCAGCAACCAUCCCAGUGGUGGAGAGAGACUUGACGAUACAGCUGAGAGCACCGUGUGUUCGACACACGCCGACCCAGCGCUGCACCUCGGAAGCCGCUAGCUCAACAGUUAGCAAGAAGACAACACACAACGCGCAUAUUGGUACUGAUAAGAUUGUUCCAAAAAGUUAUCUUUGUCUUUCGAAAAGAGUUGCCAUCCUAAGGUGGUGCGUUAACUAUUAGUUCAUCGUGAAAAGCAUUGUUUUGUCCCUUGAGUUACAUGAAUACGGUCGUUUAAAAGUAUUUUAGUUAUUCGUUUUCUUUUGAUCACAGAAUCUUGCCCACGAAUUCAUCGAUGUUAGAUUAGCCAAUUAAUAAGCAUCUGUUAGCCAAACAGGCACAACUAUCAUGCACACUUGUUUCAGGACAUUUCGUUAAAAUCAUAAUCUUACCAAUUAAUUAAUUGUCUACUUUUGCCAUUGGGCAAAUAUUUCUUUAGCACGUUUUCCUAACGCAGUGUAUGGUCGCGCUACUCUGAGGAGUUAGGCGAUUGUUCUGUUACUCAGUUUUAACAAACGUAACCAUUGAGGGUUAAUUGUACGGAUCAAUGAGUAGGACAUCUUCAGGAGUAUGGUGUUGACAAUUCCGAUCAUAAGUGUGUUCGCAUAUUAGAGUGAUAUUAAAGUUUCUUAACAUAGAAGAG